AUGCGGUCUACAGCGCUGUGGCGGUACAAGAUGCCAAAGAACAUGGGCGUCGCACCGCGCUUUGAUGUUUGGAAUGAGUCGUACGAGCCCUGGCAACACAUGAAGCGGAUGGGCCGUCUUGUGGGCACCGGCUUUUACAUCCCGCCGGAAUGGUACAGUCACUUUCGCAUGUUCCCGCCAAUCAACCACAACUUCCAGCAGGAGAGGACACUCAACCCGCGCAACGCGAGCGAGCCAACACAGGACGACGCGGGGUCGCUAAGUUCAGAGCGGAUUGCACUCCGCGAUGAGUUGGCGCGGAAGAGUCGGUUGGUGGCGUCGGAGGGGAUGCGGUACUACAACAUCUUUUGGGUGCGCAAGCCGCUUGACAGGCUGGAGAAGGAAUACUAUGAGCUCAAGCGGAAGGGUGUUGCUCACCGUGAGGCCAUCAAGAAGGUGCUCGAGGGCUUUUACAGUGACUUGACAGUGAAGAAGCGGGUAGCCUUGGUGCAGGCGGAGGAGGCAAAGUUGUCGGGGCGGUUUAUUACAAUGCGGGAGGCCACUGUUGUACUGAAUGUUCUUGCCCAGCUGCACCGGGAGCAGCUGACGCCGCACCAGGUGGCAUUGAUGGCAAAGGAACAGCGGGAAGCCACAGAAUCAGGGAGUGGACUUACGGCAACGGCGUCACGCGUGUUGGCUCCAGCGGUGGGUGCAGAGACUGAAAAAGCUGCACCAAAAGAAUCAGGCUCCGAGGAGGCACUCUCGGCCGAUUCGCUGGCGAGUAUGUUGGAGGAUGACCACGUAGGGGGUACUGGGACGCAGUACCAGGUAGAGGUGAAGCACAGCACAUGCGACAGUCUAAGACAGCUGCAGGAAAAGUCCACUGACAACACCGGUUCACCAGAUUGGUACACCGGCGCUUCGCCCGUGUACAACGGCACCGCAUAG